AUGGCAGCUCGCCAAGGCAGCAGGAGGACAAGGGCAGAUCAGUGGCUGUUUGGUGGGAAGUGGAGGGGAACCGUGAAAGAGACGAGGCAUCCCGUUGUCCCUGAGGCCAAGCUGCCCCCAAAUCCCACCCCCGUUGUUCAGAAGGACGAAGGCAUCUACCUUGAGAAGUCUAGAGUGCAUGUCGUGCCUGGUCUCGGGCAGAGAGAGGUCGUCGACGUCGCUCCCGGAAGGAGAUCUAUGCCGGAGAUGGAGAUCAACAUGAAAGAAGUCGUUGCGGUGCUCGGGGUGAAGGUCAUGGCCGCAGACAUGCCGCCAUUCAUGCAGCUGCAUGCCUUCCGGUGCGCUAAGCGAUCCCAUGACAACUUGGACAAGUUCAGCUCAAGGCAGCUGGCGCAUGAUGUGAAGAAGGAGUUCGAUAAAGUGUAUGGGCCUACGUGGCACUGCAUCGUUGGUACGAGCUACGGUUCCUUUGUGACACAUUCCAGAGGCUGUUUCCUCUACUUCUCCAUGGACAAAAUCACUGUGAUGCUGUUCAAGACCAAGAUAAGGAAAGUGUUAGCAUCCUGA